CUGCCGGAGUCGUUCGGUGGCCUCGAGCGCCUCACCACGCUCAACCUGGGAAACCACGCCCUCACGUCGCUGCCGGAGUCCUUCGGCGGCCUCGCGAGCCUCGUUGAGCUCAACCUGUACAACAACGCCCUCGCGUCGCUGCCGGAGUCGUUCGGCGACCUCGCGAGUCUCGUCACGCUCUUCCUGAACGACAACGCCCUCGCGUCGCUGCCAGAGUCGUUCGGUGGCCUCGCGAGCCUCGAAUACCUCAUGCUGUACAACAACGCCCUCGCGUCGCUGCCGGAGUCAUUCGGCGGCCUCUCGAGCCUCGUCGAGCUCAGACUGGGAGGAAACGCCCUCGCGUCGCUGCCGGAGUCGUUCGGCGACCUCGCGAGCCUCGUCACGCUCUACCUGCACAACAACGCCCUCGCGUCGCUGCCGGAGUCGUUCGGCGAACUCGAGAGUCUCGUCACGCUCAACCUGCACACCAACGCUCUCAAGUCGCUGCCGGAGUCGUUCGGCGACCUCGCGAUCCUCGUCACGCUCUACCUGCACGAAAACGCCCUCGCGUCGCUGCCGGAGUCGUUCGGCGACCUCGAGCGUCUCACCACGCUCAACCUGUACAACAACGCCCUCGCGUCGCUGCCGGAGUCGUUCGGCGACCUCGCGAGUCUCGUCACGCUCUACCUGAACGACAACGCCCUCGCGUCGCUGCCAGAGUCGUUCGGUGGCCUCGAGAGCCUCGAACACCUCGACCUGAACGACAACGCCCUCGCGUCGCUGCCGGAGUCGUUCGGCGGCCUCGCGAGCCUCGUCACGCUCUACCUGCGCAACAACGCCCUCGCGUCGCUUCCGGAGUCGUUCGGCGAUCUCUCGAGCCUCGUCACGCUCGAGCUGCGCAACAACACCCUCACGUCGCUGCCGGAGUCGUUCGGCGGCCUCGAGAGCCUCGUCACGCUCUACCUGAACGACAAC